AUUUAUUAUAAUAUUGUAWAACGUUAUGAUUUAAUUGUUUUUUCAUUUUUACAACUGUUAUUAUUGAUUAUGGAUUGCGUGUACUUCGUUGUAAUAACCAUAAUAACAUAAUAUUAAUUGUCGUGUCCACGGACAGACGUAUAAACGAUUGGAUGAGAGGAUAACGACACACGUCACACACUAAUUCAUACGGUCGUUAUUUCGAAAACAUCAUUUUUCAUUUUUCGUAAAAUGAUCUUCUGUUUAAAUUUUAGUACACGUUCAUUACCGUGAUAUCGGUUUUUGGUUGAAUACGUAUGCUUUUUUUAUGCAGUCAGAAUAAGAUAAAAAAAAGUAGUGACAAUUAACAAUGUAGUUGAACAGUUUCACUCGUUGUGUGUCAUUUACCAAAAGUUUAUGUGACGCAGAACGAAUAUCCUCAAGUGUCCUCACCAGUUACCAUUAAUUUAACAUAACUUGACACGUAAUAUUGUUACAUUUUUGAGAUGAAGCUCGACACUUUAUCAUUAAAGUAUAUCCAAAUAUUUUUUGUUGUCGUUAUUUAUUGGGUAAUUUCUAUUCUGACAGUAUUUGUAAAUAAGACUUUAUUGAGUAUUGACAAACUAGAUGUUGAUGCUCCUAUAUUCAUUGCGUGGUUCCAGUGUUUGGUUUCAGCAAUGAUUUGUUUUACUUUAAGUCGUUUGUCUAAGAUAUUUCCAACUGUUGUACAGUUUCCUGAGGGAAAUCCGUUUAAUAAAACCACUAUUAAAAAAGUAUUACCAUUAUCAAUAUUAUAUAUUUUAAUGAUAUCUACAAAUAACUAUUGUUUGAAAUUUGUGGAUGUUACAUUUUAUUAUGUSGGACGAUCACUCACAACAGUAUUCAACGUCAUACUUUCCUACAUAAUAUUAGAAAGAAAAGAAGUAACAUCUCCAUUAACUCAUAAUAUAUCUGGUACAGCAAAAUCUUGUUUCCAAACAGUAUUAGCUUCAUUCUGGUAUAAUCAGUGGAAAUCUUCUAUGUGGUGGUUUUCGAAUUUUGUUGUAUUGGGAGGAAGUGCCGCAUAUACUAUUGUUAAGAAUAGAGAAAUGGAAAAAAAGUACCGACCAAUAGCAUACAACCGUUGUUAAUUUUAUUUAUUUGAUUCAUAUUUUCUCUACUUAUAUAAAUUAAGCUCUGAC